AUGGCUGUGCUAGCCAAGUGCAUUAUUGUGUUCUCCCUCUCCGCCGUCCUCCUCUCUCUGCUUGCCACCGGCGCUUCCGCCGUGGGCCAGCCCCCGCCUCAGUCGCUGCUGAACUUCAGCAUCGGCGUGCAGGGCAUGGUCUGGUGUAGGACCUGCAGGUACAGUGGCUACAACGCCGACAUGGACGCCUCCCCGCUCCAAGGCGCGGUGGUGUACCUGCAGUGCCGGCACGGCCCGCGGCGGCUGAAGAGGGUGGCAGGGGUGACGGGCCAGGGCGGCUACUUCAUCAUCCAGUCGUCGCAGAUGGCGUCCUUCACCAGCAAAGAGUGCAAGGUGUACGUGGAGAGCUCGUCGUCGUCGGUGUGCAGCCUCGCCGACCAACCGGCCGCCGGCAAGGGGCUGCCGCUCAAGUUCGAGUCCUUCGUCAAGCAGGGCGACGGCCUGCAGGCGCUCUACUCCGUCGGCAACUUCAUGUUCCGCCCCAGCGACCCCAACAAGUGCUACUGA